AAUCUGAACUUUACAAAAAAUUAGCAAUGUCUUCUGGACCGCAUUUGCCAGAUCCACUACCUCCUCUUGACAGACAACAUUUAAAUUACCCCAUUGAGACACAAGGGACUUCAAGACACGAUGAAGCUCAAAACGUUUUGGCAAUGUUAACAGAUGAAGAAAGAAUGAUUAUGAAAGAAUGUGAAAGAGACAGCUUUUACAACAGAGCUCUACCUGCAUCAGUUGGUGCCAUGUCUGCUGCCUUCAUGAUGGUGAAAAGUGGAAGAUGGGCUGCACAUCCAAAAUAUGGACCUAUACCUAAAGUCAUUAUUGCUGGUUUUGUUGGCCAUUUUAUUGGUAAAGUGAUGUACCUGCCUGUUUGUCAGCAGAAAAUUCUAACUAAAUUGCCUAACUCCAACUUGGCAGCUGCUAUCAGGAAGUCAAAGGGUUUGCCUGACCCAGAACAACAGGUUGAUACAUGGGAGGAGGGUGCAGGUAGAAGUAACAGGCAUUCUAAGCUAGAAGAAUAUAAACCUGUGGAUGGUCUAGAUGACAGAUUUCGUCCUAGUGUCGAUAGAGAUGUUGAUGUAUCUCCACAAGAGAAGAACACUAUUACUUAUGAUGAGCUGCGGCGAAGGAACCGCCAAGAGCACGAAGAUUAUAAGAAGCAGCAGGUACCACCACCUGGUUCACAGAAAACAUGGCCUGACUCUGGUGAUAGAGCUCAGCCAGACAAUAGAGAAACAGACAUCAGGAUGGAACCACCUCCUUACCAAGCACCCCCCAAAAAAAACCGAACAACAUAUGGGGAGAUCCAAUUGAAGAAUAAUGUACGCUUAAUGCUUAGGUGUUCAAAUUAUGGUAGUGUGCUGUAUAAAGCUGAGUUUGUCAUUUAUAGCUGUUGGUACAUGAAGCAUUAGAUCUUGUUUUGUAAUUGACUGAUAAUGUGUAUGCAAGAAGCAGAGAGCCCAGCAGAUGUUAUAAAAAUUGACAAUUGUUAACAGAGUCUAAGUUUAUGAUUGUGAUAA